CGUGGUUGCACGUAAUUUUUGGCGGGCGUUUUGAAAAUAGUGUGGGCCCAAUGACUGUUUCUUUGACAGGCAAACUCUCGACGUGCUACAACAUUCACUCCCUUAUUUCCUCGAAUCUCGAUCAGAUACAUGCGACUCGCCGUCGCAGUUGAGGUCCAAGGACGAUCGAAGCUACCAAGAGCCCUAACUUCGAAACAUUCUUACGUGCGUUUCACGUAGCGGCCCGACGCUGCGCAACUACUCUACAUCCCACCUUUGCCCCGCCUGGGAACGGCACCCUCCGACAAGAUGUCGCUCUCAAACUGCCGGUUUUAUGAGGAGAAAUACCCUGAGAUUGACUCCUUUGUCAUGGUGAAUGUAAAACAGAUCGCCGACAUGGGAGCCUAUGUCAAGCUCCUCGAAUACGAUAACAUCGAUGGAAUGAUUCUCCUUUCCGAGCUCUCGAGGCGGCGUAUUAGGAGCAUUCAGAAGCUGAUUCGCGUCGGUCGCAAUGAGGUUGUUGUCGUACUGCGUGUCGACAAAGAAAAGGGUUAUAUCGAUCUUUCCAAGCGUAGAGUUUCCCCAGAGGAUAUUGUCCGCUGCGAAGAGCGAUACAACAAGAGCAAGAUUGUGCACUCAAUCAUGAGACACGUCGCUGAGAAGACCCAGACCCCGAUCGAGAAGCUUUACGAGACAAUAGGCUGGCCGCUCAACAAGAAAUAUGGUCAUUCUCUUGACGCCUUCAAGAUCUCAAUAACCAACCCCGAAGUCUGGAAUGAUAUCCAAUUUCCCAGCGAGCCUGUCGCGGAGGAGCUGAAGUCAUACAUUGGCAAGCGCUUGACUCCUCAGCCGACAAAGGUCCGGGCCGACGUUGAGGUCACCUGCUUCGGUUACGAGGGCAUUGACGCCAUCAAAGCGGCGCUGUCAACUGCCGAGGCGAGCAACACGGCCGAGACUCAGGUCAAGUGCAGGCUUGUCUCCCCACCUCUCUAUGUCUUGACAAACACAUGCCUGGACAAGAAUGCUGGCAUUGCGCGAUUACAAGAGGCCAUUGACGGCAUCCGUACAAGCAUCGAGGCGGCGGGCGGCAACCUGAUCGUAAAGAUGGAGCCCAAGGCGGUUACUGAGUCGGACGAUGCAGAGCUCCAGGCUCUCAUGGAGAAGCGUGAGCGCGAGAACGCCGAGGUCAGCGGUGAUGAAAGUGUCAGCGAGAGCGACGAAAACAUCCCUGAGACUGUCUAGACGUGGCUUUUGUUCCACACACCUUUUCAAACCGGACUGCAUGGCGAGGGGUAUCUUCUCCUUUGUAGGGGACCAGCGAAUUAGAGGAGAAAGGGUCGGAGGAAUAUUUCAGAAUCCGCGACGUGGCUGGGUGUCUACGGGAUCAGACGAGUCCUCUACACGAUAGAGACAGCUAGCUCCCCUGGGGUCAUGCAAGGGAAAAGGAAAGGGAAAAAUAGCGAAUCAUCACUUUAUGGACGAAGUGAAUCAGUGUAGUCAGUGCAGUGUAGUCAGUGCAGUGUAGCGUAGCAUCAAGUAUGCACUCACAGGUGAUUAUGCAACAAUGGAGGCGGUUGCUUAUCGCCUUAUCUGAC